CCGCAUGGAAUGACGAACACGGUAGUCACUAUGGUAACGCGUCACACAAACCGGCGGCCAGAAGGGGGCGUUGUUCAUUCAGCUGUGACUUGCGCGGCAGACGACACUGCAUCUGCCGAACUGUUUGACACGGAGGUGAGAGACGAUCUGUUUCAGUGACCCAGCAGUGGUAGGAUUACCCCAGCGCACCACAGCAUGCAUACAGACGUGACAUGCGCACGGAACGGAGUUUCAUUCACGUAUGAAUUGUGAAACAUUGUCUAUAUGCUUCAACGUCCGUCGUUAGAUCGCAGAGAAGGGUUGACAAGCACUGGAUCACGGUCUCAGGAGAAAUAGCGUGGCCAUCGCCUGUCCCAGAUUCGUCAGCACACACUGACCGGUAAACCACCGCAAUGAAGGCACAGAGAGCACAACAACAGCACGAAAGAGACGUGCUAACUGAAACCACGGAAAAGUCAGGACAUGUUUUCACAGUAGCACUCAUCAGAGGAGUUAUCGUCCUUGCCGCUGCAGCAUGCGUAUACUACUACGACUAUAUCCAGAAAUGGACCAACUCGGCGUGGUACUGGCUGUUACAGUGUAGUGUUUUCAAUUCAGUCUACUUCGAGAGCUGGCUAGCCACAUUUUGUUAUGCAGUUCUUAUACCCAUAUAUCCCUACGCUCUUCAUUACAUGAAGUCCCUGCAGAAAUACAAAGUCCACCCAUCAGUGACGUAUGAGCAUCAGUCCAUUGCAAGCAUGCUACGUGACGCUGUUAUAUACAUGGCUCCUCUAAUGCUCCUGGAUACGUUUAUCGUCAAGAAAUACCAUGCCGUGGAUCCCGAGAUCUGGGUCGAGAAGCGGAAGUCGUGGAUCCAGACAACAAGAGCACUUCCGCUUGAGCCGCCAUCUUUCUCAGUGCUUGUGUUUGAUCUUAUCGCCAGUGUGUUGUUGUAUGACGCGAUGUUCUUCUUCCUGCAUUUCGCUUUUCACAAGAAUUUCUGGUUGUAUAAAACCUUCCACGCCCUUCAUCACGACCAUGACGUUAUGCACGCUCACGUCACCAACCAGCUGACGGUAGGGGAGAGACUCGCGCUCAUACUAUCGGCCAACUUUUCCCUCAAGGUAUUCAACAGUCAUCCUGUGACCAGGGCGUUGUUCGUUCCUGUGUUCAUAUUGUUACUUAUAGAUAAUCAUACUGGGUAUGACCUCCCGUGGGGCCUCCACAAAAUAGUGCCCUUUGGGAUCAUGGGAGGUCCCAGGAAACAUUAUGCUCAUCACCUGGAAGGCAAGAGACAUUACCAGCCUUUCUUGACAUACCUUGACAAACUUUUAGAAAUGAACACGAAAAGCAAGUUUCUAUGAUGAUUAAGUGCCAAUUCGAUAUCACAUCGUCACCCUGCUACCAGUGAGGAAUGUGUCAUAUGUGUUAUAAUCGCACCAGGAUCGGCUUAUCUUGGGCUCGAAUCCAGGAUUCGCAUUGAUUUAGAUCCUUAGUUUGUCACUAUACCCGUGCUGGUGGGUAUCAUCAAACUGGUAAACGUCUACGACCCGCGACGUUUUGAGCUUUCAUCUCCCAUUCAGGUGACAUACCGUGAUACAACUGAAAUACUGCUCAAUGUUGCGUCAGACCCACUCACUCACUACGUUGAACAAAUUUACCAUUUUUGCGUAAAGAAGGAAGUCAUCGACUCUUGCUGACAACGGGUAAAAUGAAAUUUUGUAAUUCCAAUUUGAAAGAAGACAGUAACUUUGGUGUCUUGAAUGCACAUUCAUCCGAUUACUGUUUUUUGGGGAUUUUUUUUACGCCGCACUCAGCAAUAUUCCAGCUAUAUGACAGCGGUCUGUAAAAUAGUCGAGUCUGGACCAGACGAUCCAGUGAUUAAUUUCAUGAG